UCCCAGCGGGCCCCGCAGGUCUCCCGCGCCUGCGCACUGGUAGCUCAGGCAGGCGGGCGGAACUCCCGCGCUAUCCAGCCACCCGGUCUCGCCUCGCCUAAUCUCUACCCCGGGCAUGGAGGGGGUCCCGGCUGUAACGGCAGGGAACGCGGGCGCGGCCAAGGCCGAGGGAGCCGCAGCCAUGCCACCCCCAUCUCCUGCCUCCCCGCCUGCCCUCACCCCAGCGCCCGCAGCGGGUGAGGAGGGCCCGCGGUCUCUGCCUGAGGCAGGGGCUCCUGGCUGCUCGGGCUCCCGGCCCCCUGAGCUGGAGCCGGAGCGCAGCCUGGGCCGCUUGAGGGGCCGCUUCGAGGACGAGGACGAGGAGUUGGAAGAGGAUGAGGAACUGGAGGAGGAAGAGGAGGAAGAGGAGGAGGAAGAGAUGAGCCACUUCUCGCUGAGGCUGGAGGGGGGCCGGCCGGAGUCCGAGGACGAGGAGGAGCGCCUGAUUAAUCUCUCUGAGCUGACCCCAUACAUCUUGUGUUCCAUUUGCAAAGGUUACUUAAUAGAUGCAACUACCAUUACAGAAUGUCUUCAUACAUUUUGUAAAAGCUGCAUUGUAAGACACUUUUACUAUAGCAACAGAUGUCCAAAAUGCAACAUAGUGGUACAUCAGACACAACCUCUUUAUAACAUAAGGUUGGACCGACAGUUACAAGACAUAGUGUACAAAUUAGUGAUCAAUCUAGAGGAAAGAGAAAAAAAGCAAAUGCAUGAUUUCUAUAAAGAAAGAGGUCUAGAAGUACCUAAACCUGCUGUUCCACAGCCAGUCCCUUCGAGCAAAGGAAGAUCUAAGAAAGUCUUAGAAUCAGUGUUUCGUAUUCCACCUGAACUUGACAUGUCUUUAUUACUAGAGUUCAUUGGUGCUAAUGAAGGCACGGGACAUUUUAAGCCAUUGGAAAAGAAGUUUGUCCGAGUUUCGGGAGAAGCAACUAUUGGGCAUGUAGAAAAAUUCCUCAGAAGAAAAAUGGGUCUUGAUCCAGCUUGUCAGGUAGAUAUCAUCUGUGGUGAUCACCUGUUGGAGCGAUAUCAAACUCUAAGGGAAAUUCGACGUGCAAUAGGUGAUGCAGCAAUGCAGGAUGGUCUGCUGGUUCUUCAUUAUGGUCUUGUGGUUUCUCCUUUGAAAAUUACUUGAAGAUUCUAGGAUUAUGAUGGGAGGGAAACAAAACAAGGAGGCUUCUGCAGGACUGCAUCUCACCAAAGAUUUCCGCGAAACGUGUAAUUGCUAUCCCUUUGUGCUGUUCAAGACAUAACUUAUCUAUUUUCAGCACCAAGAAUCAUAGCAUUUAUAAGUACAACUUGGAAUGAUAGAAUGCAUCUGUUUUACUAGAGACUAUCUAUAAAAAGCAUCUGCAGCUCAGGGGGAAAAUUUUAAAGCAUUGAAUUUUUAAAUUCUCUGUGAUUUUAAAUACUUUGACAUUGAUUUUGUUUCCUAAUCUUUGAGGUUAAUUGGUUACUGUUUUUGUCUUCAUUGAGCCAUACCCCUUUCAAGUUCCUGGGUAGGAGUAUGCUCUCUGGAAUGGCACCAGUUGGGCAGUCAUCCUUUUGGUAAAGAAAUGAGCUUUUGAAUUGAAGAUUUAAAACCAGUCUUUGUUAAAUUACAGAAUGUACCUCUGAGACCAAGACCAAAACUAUGGGCCACUUUUGUAUGUCGCCAUCAUAUUUUGAAAUUGUUUUUUUUUUUGUUUGUUUGGUUUGGUUUGGUUUUUCAACCAGCAACACUACUAAAGAGUUGUUAUUCACUUCUAAAAGGGAUGAAUUAUAAUUUUUCUGUGUGAAGAGACUGUCUCCUGUGGGGUUUAUGGCCCGUACCAUAAGCCUUCAAUGUAGUAAAAGACUUCUUUAACAUAUCUUACAAUGAAGGGUGCCUCUUUGCAACAAUAUUUGAUUCUUUGACUGUUAAUUAACAUUCAUUUUAAGUACAUAGUGUUUGUCAGUAACUUGUAAUGGCACUGCUUUUGAAAGUAAUUUAAAACUUUGAGAAGUUUACAGAAUACUUGUUCUAUGUUCAUUGUUUUCUCCGUAAGUCAGCUUAAUGAUUAUUUUCCCAUUACUUUGUCACUGGGAUAAAGAAUACGGGUGUUUGAGAGCUCACUCACUUGCAUGCAAAGAUUUCACUUUUAAACAUUAUUUGCCUAAAAUUAGCGUUGUGAUGCUUUCUAAAAGAAAUAUUUUAUAGACCUUAUUUCACUGCAAAAUUUUCAAGUCUGCAUAAAAGCAAUUACAAUUGGAUAAAGAUUGGCAAUUGUUUUAUAAAGAAUUUGUGGAGUAUAAAUCUCUUCUAACAUUUAAUACAAUUUUUUAAUAAAAAUUUAACCUAUUUUGGAAAAAUGUUCGUGUUUAUGAUAGAUUUUUUAAAAGUAACCAAAACUCUUUAAGAGACAAGGUAUCAGAAUCAGUGUUUAACUGUGCCAUCAGAUAUGUUAUAAACAUCUUUACCUUCACUGACUAUACUAGAUGCCUUUAUUUGACAAUGGACAGAAUAGCAACUAUGGAGUUCAUUGCCUCUUCAAUGUUUCUUGCACAAAUUACUUACUACUUUUAUUCUUGUCUCAUGUUAACAUACCAGGGAUCUUCAAGACAACCCUCAGUUUUAAUGGUUCAGAAGAAGGACUCAUGGGAUCCAGAAAUCUAUUAUACUUGUGGUUACAGUUUAUUACCAUGACAAGAUACAAAUUAAAAUCAGCAGUGGGAAGAGAUGAAUAGGGUAGGGUCCAGGAGACACCAGCCAGGAGCUUCCAUUUGUCUUCUCCCCAUAGAGAUGCAGGAACAGUGUUUAAUUCUCCCAGCAAUGGCAUGUGGCAUAUGUGAAGUGUUGCCAACCGGGGAAGCACACCUGAGUGCUAGUGUCCAGAGUUUUUACUGGGAAUCAGUCACAUGGGCACUGCGUGCCCAUGUGUUUGACUCAGCUAUUGAGACCCCAGCACCUACUCAGCAGUCAAACUGAUAUAACAUGUCCCUGAGCCCCAGGGGUACAAAAAUGGGCCUUUACCAUAAAUCACAUUGUCAGCAUGAACAAUUUGCUGCAGCGCAAGGACUCAGGCAUACAAAGACAGGAUAUUCCAAGGGCUUAAAAUUUAUGAUUUAUAGUAAUAUGGGAAAGCACUUAUUUUUUUAAAGUAGAAUAUUAACUAAUUAUUUGGUAAACAUUUCUGCAGUGAACAAGUCAAAAGAACAUCCCUUGUUACACAUUGUGUGGACAACAAGAUUAAAAUUAAAGGAGGGUGAUCUACCUUCAAGGAAAUCACAGCCUGUGGGUUACAUAUGUCUCUCAGAAUCUUAACAAAGGGCAGAUACUGGCAAAUACUGUAAGAGUCACAAAGAACGUCACCCUUCCUUUUUUUUUCCUUCCCUCCUGGGCUUGACCCCCAAGAACCCCAAGAAUGAAUUUGUAUCUGGUUAUUUCUAUUUGGCCUUUUGUUACCACCAGGCAGUAAACUAAGUAAGAAUGCUGAUUGACUGGUUUACAAAUCUGUGCUUCCAAAACCAGUGUGACCUUGGGCUACAUCAAAAGAAAUAGUUUCAGAUCAAGAUAGUUAAUACUUCUAAUCUCUAAUGCAUCUUGUGGUCAGUUCUGGGUAGCAUACCUCAAAGAUACUGACAGAAGGGAAGGCAGUGGGAUAGGGAACAGACAGGGAGAGACAGAACAAGAGUAAGCAUCGAGCAACUGCUUCUGUCUAUCUUGGAGAAGCAAAAAGCAGCGGUGAGAGGCAAUGGUAGCUAUCUUCAGAUAACCAGAGGGUCAAAGACUUAGACG